CCUGAGGGGCGGUGGAUGCACGGGGGCCGCCGCCACGGCCACGCCCGGUGAAAAUCCAUUCACGCCCGGUGAAAACCCGUUCUCCGGGCGCUGUCACCAUCGUUUCUGCGGCCCGCGGUGGAAAGGAGACGGGACACGGUCAGGAGCCAGCCAGCGACCCGGCUCCAUGCAGAGGCAGCAGCCCCAUAGCAAAAUUCCCACUGGAUCUUGCUGGGCUGCUGUCUGAGAUCCCAAAUAAGCUAGUGUACAUGUACAUUUUUUGGUGCUGUGCACACUUCUGUCAUGGUGUGCCCCAGAAGCAGGAAAAGUUAGCUGUAUCCAGACUGCCACUGGCACCUGAGCUAGCACAAAGGUCAUUACCCCUGCAGGUGCUCUGGACUUCACGAGAAACCAGUUACAAACUUCCCACUGAAGUUCAUGGAAUGAGCAGUUCUUUGGCCCCACUGUGUGCAGUCAUCUUCAAGCUGAAAAUGAAAAUCCUUCCAGUUUCUGUGGAGCUGCAAACAGGAAGGCAGUCAAAGAAGCUGUGGAGAGUGCUGGUGUCAGGCCAGAUGGCAAGGAACAAGGCAGCUCACAGAGGGGGAGAGCAGCAGCCAGUCAGAGCUCAGGUGUUCCCAACAAUCAGUUCCUGGAGAAUGGCAUUGCAGCUGCUGGUUCGUGACUGCCUCAUCCUUUGUGUCAUUGAUGGGGCAGAGAGCAAUUCUGUUCUGAAGCAGAAAGUUGCUAUGCCUUGGGUGCUUUGUUCAGCUGGGAAUAAAGAUUUGUUUCCAGUGGUUGAAUGAUGUCAGCAACAUUCACAUGAAAUUGUGGCUGAUGUACCUUUUUGCAAACGUUCUAGAUGUUGUCUCCUCUACGCUUUUGUGAUUAUAGAAUAUCCUGAGCUGGAAUGGACCCACAAGGAUCAUUGAUUCAAAGUCCAGGACACCUCAGGAAUCCCACCCUGUGCCUCAGUGUGUUCUCCAGGUGCUUCUGGAGCUCUGGCAGGGUUGGCACAGGCUGGGGAUGCUCUGUUGUGUGGUGUCAAGGCUGGUUUUCAGUCUCAUUCUGUUCCAUCUCGGGGAGCAGCAAACAGAGGCAGCUCUGGUUUAGCAUUCUAAACGCUCAGUGAUGCUCAGCUUGGUGCAGGUCACUUGGGGGGUCCUGAUUGCACUGAUUGAGCCCAAUGGGAGAGAAACCAGACAGGGUUCUCUGCCUACACGAGCCUGAUGUAACAGUUUUGCUGUCUUUGCUUCCCUGUGCCACCUGUACUGGUUCAGUGCACACCUUAUCUAUUAAUAUCAGCUCUGUUCUGAUUUGCAAGAUCUCUCUCAUACUAAUUGUUCCAUUGUAAAUUUUGGUGUUGCUUCCACCUUCUUUUUUCCUUCCUAUCUAUUGGAUCUUGUUUUCAUGUUUUUAAUAAUCCUUUUGUUUGUGUUUCUUGGUUCAGAUACAAUAAUAGAACACUCUUUUUCCAUGUUUAGAAUUGUUUCUUUCUAAGUUUCUGAUUGCUUUAAUAAAUAAGCCAAACAGAUGAGUGCUGAUUGUAACUUUCCUCUUAUUUUUGGUCCUGGUGUCAAUGGAUGUCAGCCUUCCUUAACUCUGAGCACUGCAUGGAUUACUGGUUAGUAAAUGUUUUAAGGUGCUUAUGGAUCACAUGUUUGUACUCUUUACUACUUGGUUUAGCUACUAUAUGAAUGACAAUCUAAGAAUAUAAACGAGUUAAUUACCUGGUACUUUGUGUUAGAGGUUCAAUGUUCCACUCCUUUUACCUUUGCUGUUUUCAUAGUGUUAGGAAGGUUGGAUCCAGCCAAGAUUUAUGUGCUGUUGAAUGUGUUACUUUUUUCCAUGGAUGUGAUAUAAAAAAAGUCUUCAUCUCCUAUCACUAAACCUUUCCAGACUUGUACAUGGAGCUUUUAUAUUUGUUGUGAAAUAAAAGGUUAGAAGUGCUUAAGAGCAGCACUGUGAUGAUCUCUGCUGACUUCAGCCACAGGAGUUAGCUGUGCCUGUGUAUAUUCACCACAACUCUGUUUUUUCACCUGUACAGUUUGUGUAGUUUAGGGUUCUUUUCUGUGGAUGUGGGAUACCCACUUGUGGAUCACAAAGCAUGUUGAAGUUCUGUAACAGCCAGCA